CUAGCGGCCUCGGCGGCAGAGCGACCGAGCAUCCUGGCUGCGUCUGGUCACCGGAGUUAACGGGCCGCGCCGCGGGAGAACGAGAACGGGACUGCGGGGCGCGGGAGACUCGGAGACGCGGGGAGCAGAGCCGGCGGGGCUGAGACCGCGUCUCGCGGGAGCCGAACGCUGCGCGCAGCCGCCGCCGCGUGCGGGAUGCCGGCCGGAAGCAGCGCGGGGUCGCCGGGCCUCCACCGCGUGGGGGACGCCGCGGGCGAGAGGGUUGCAGUAAACACGGGUGUGCUGGAACUAUUUGCCAUGGAAGCCAAGGAGACUGAGAACCCCCUGCCCACCUACCAUCUCCUCCCUGGUGCCAGUCAGCCCAGAGUGGAAGAAGAUGUCACCUUACCACCUGCAGGGUCCCCAGAAACUAUGCAGCUGAAGAAGGAGAUCUCCCUGCUGAAUGGAAUUAGCCUGGUGGUGGGCAACAUGAUUGGCUCAGGGAUUUUUGUCUCUCCCAAGGGCGUGCUGCAGUACACUGCCUCCUAUGGGUUGUCACUGGUUGUGUGGGCUAUUGGUGGACUCUUUUCCGUUGUGGGUGCCCUUUGUUAUGCAGAGCUGGGGACCACCAUCACCAAGUCAGGGGCCAGCUAUGCUUAUAUUCUCGAGGCCUUUGGGGGCUUCAUUGCCUUUAUCCGUCUGUGGGCCUCACUGCUGAUUGUUGAGCCUACCAGUCAGGCCAUCAUCGCCAUUACCUUUGCUGACUACAUCAUCCAGCCCUCCUUCCCCACCUGUAAUCCCCCAUACCUGGCCUGCCGUCUCCUCGCUGCUGCUUGUGUGUGUCUGCUGACAUUUGUGAACUGUGCCUAUGUCAAGUGGGGCACACGAGUACAGGACACAUUCACUUAUGCCAAGGUCCUAGCGCUCAUUGCCAUCAUUAUCAUGGGCCUUGUUAAACUGUGCCAGGGACACUCUGAGCACUUUCGAGGCGCCUUUGAGGGUUCCUCCUGGAAUGUGGGAGACCUCUCUCUUGCCCUGUAUUCUGCCCUCUUCUCAUACUCAGGUUGGGACACCCUUAAUUUUGUAACAGAAGAAAUCAAAAACCCAGAAAGAAAUUUGCCCUUGGCUAUUGGGAUCUCUAUGCCAAUUGUGACACUGAUCUACAUCCUGACCAAUGUGGCCUAUUACUCAGUGCUGAGCAUUUCAGAUAUCCUUAAAAGCGGUGCAGUAGCUGUGACAUUUGCUGACCAGACGUUUGGGAUGUUCAGCUGGAUUAUCCCCAUUGCUGUUGCCCUGUCUUGCUUUGGGGGCCUCAACGCAUCUAUUUUUGCCUCAUCAAGGUUGUUCUUCGUGGGCUCCCGUGAGGGCCAUCUCCCAGACCUCCUGUCCAUGAUCCAUGUUGAACGUUUUACACCCAUCCCUGCUUUAUUGUUCAAUUGCACCAUGACACUCAUCUACCUCAUUGUGGAGGAUGUUUUCCUGCUCAUCAACUACUUCAGCUUCAGCUACUGGUUCUUUGUGGGCCUCUCUGUCGUUGGACAGCUUUACCUUCGCUGGAAGGAGCCCGAACGCUCUCGGCCUCUCAAGCUGAGCCUCUUUUUCCCUAUCGUGUUCUGCAUAUGCUCCAUAUUUCUGGUGGUUGUGCCUCUCUUCAUUGAUACCAUCAAUUCUCUCAUUGGCAUUGGAAUCGCCCUUUCUGGGGUUCCUGUCUACUUCCUGGGUAUUUACCUGCCGGAGUCCCAGAGGCCACUCUUCAUUCGGAGAAUCCUGGCUACUAUCACCAGAGUCACCCAACAACUUUGCUUUUGUGUCCUGACUGAGCUAGAUGUAACCGAAGAGACAAAGGUUGAGAGGAAAACUGACUAGAGGCCAGAGGUAACAACCCUCAAGAUCCGGAAGGCUGGCUACUUGCGAGUUAUCCAUCAAAGUCCAGAUACCUGAAUUAAAGGAGCUUGUUGACUCAUUCUAUAAGGGGGCUCAGGGCCAAUGCUCACUCAUUGGUAAGCUAUGGGAGGAUACUCAGGGUUGGGGCCAGUCUGAAGGUGGGGAGCUCAGGAUGGAGGGGAAGGUGGGGAACAGGGGAGUGGUAGUAUUUCUCCUGGUGGAUGGGGGUGAUCUUGGCAAACACUUUAUAAGCUGCAGUGCUAGGCUGAUGAAGAGGGCUGGUGGUUCAUAGCAGUUUAAAGUUUGAACCAGGAGUAUACAAAGUAGCUACUUUUUGUAAGUUUUUCUCUGAUCAGGUCCACCUACCUGACAUACAAUGCUACCAUUUCUUUAACUGGUUCACAAUUCUUCCCUGGAGACAGGGUUGUAUGCUUUUGUUUUUUGGGGAGGAUAGACAGCACAGCUUCCUUAACCAGUGUGGGAACAGUGUUUUUCCUAUUUCUUGACUUCUGCAAGAGGAAUUACCUAUCUUGAAACUUCACACACCAGUGGUACGCACAACAGGAGGAAAUCUUUUCAGGGUCUCAACAGUGCCCACUGAAGGUCCCUCUUGACAAGGUUGACUGCUUAUUUGUGGGUCCCUAUUCUUAAAGGCACAGGAUCCCUCUAUGUAUAGAUUGUCCAUCUUAUUGAGGAGGUCCUGCCUGCCUGAUUGAAUUUGCUUGGAUUGUAUUUGUGCUUUUAAAGUCUUUAAGAAAGAAGGAAAGCUGCUGGCUCCAGAAUAAGUUGGUCUUGGCCACCCAAUUGCACCCCUUCUAGCUGGAACCCUGGUGAUUCUGUGGAGGCCAGGGGCCUGAAACAGGCUGGGAAAAACCUCACUGCUCUAGCUGAGAAGCAGCAUCUCUACAGCAAAGUGGGAAUGGUAUGACUGCCACCAAAUUCAAACCCCUAUAUUCCAUUAUUUGUUAAUCUGGAACACCAAUUGUGCACAAGAUUAGUGCUCAAUGUAACAGGUUAUGCUUAAAAAUUCACAGUACCCAAAACUGAGUCUUUCUGGUUCCAGACAUGAUUCUGACAAUAGAUUUUAUGCUGAAUUUCACAUAAUCUGUUGAGUCUUACCUGCAAAGAUAAACUUUGAUUUUUUUUUAAAAAAGCAUAUACUUAUUACAUCAUUAGUACAUAGAUCAACAUGUUACUAGCACCUGACUCAGGUCCAGCCAGAACAGUUGAACAAAUUUUUGAGUCAGAAGUCUGGUAACACUAUUUUGAAGGAUAAUCCUUUAUUUAUUGAGAUGUUAGGUUUUUGUUCUAGUUGAUAGUAAAUUUCUGGGUUUCUGGUAUGAACAUUGAGUGUUAUAAUGUUCUGGAAUUCAGGUGGAUCACCUGGUCUUUCAACUGUCAGUGAGUUGAAGAGCAUCUCACUGACCCAAGUCAUCAAAUACUUGUUCCUCUCUGUAUGGGCAGGUGUAAGGGACUGCUGUGCAGACCCAAGCAAGCCCACCCUGGUGCUGGAAAUAUUUUCUGUUCUGAAAAACUAUGCAGGCUGCAUUCUCUCUUCUGACCUGAGUACCAGGCAUUGUUUACACUACUAGCUGCUCCGUGAAUUAUGGGAAUAGUAUAGUUCUCUUCUACUGGCCUUCCCUUGCCAGAGGCCAGAUGGGGCUGUAGUCUCAGGAAGAGCUUGGUACUUUCCGGACUUCUGUUUUCUCCCUGUGGUCAUCAGUGAAGACUCUAGGAGAAAAGCUGCUUCAACCUCAGUUUGGACACUCAGCUGACUGACUAUAAUAGCGGAAGCAACAACUUUUGGUGCUCAAGGUGGGCCAUCCGCUCAGGUCAGAGCAACAGAUUUGGCCUAUAUGGAUGUUUCUCUCAAGAGCAGGUGGCUGCAGUGGCUUGUACAGCAGAUCAUCUUGGGCCCAGAAGAACCUGCUAGCUUAGCACACUCCUUGGACAACUUUCCUUAGGUUUUAGAAUUGGUCAACAGUAAAGACAAGAACUAUGAGGCAAUCUCCUCGCCUGACCAUUCUUCACCAGACUGGCUUGUCACAGAUAAGGGAGCAUCUCUGGACAUACAUUUGCUCAAUAAAGAUUUAGGGGAACAUGAUCACA